GAUACCAAAACUCGAACCCUCUGAGUUCAGGCUACCACACGGACCGUCCGAUUUCGGUGGGGGGCACACGGACGGUCCGAUUACUGAGGGCGAUGACACGCGGCGCAUAGGGACCAAUCUCCAUGCAAGUCUCGUGAGUGAAGACACUCCUCUCACCAUCCGAAAGCAUCACUAUCCUAGAUUUCAUUUUCACUUUGAACCUCCCUUCUUCUUCCUCUCCUCCCUCUGAACCUUUGCAUGGUGGAAAGAAUUAAAGCAUGCCAAAGAAAAAAAAAAUUAAGGAUGUGGAUCGAGCUGAGCUUCAUAUUAUGCAUUAUCUCAGUCAUUCUGAUUAUAAAUUAAGAAUGGUGACAUGUAACCACCCAGUUCCUCCGGAUCGGUACAACGAUAGGGUGGAGGAGCAUUUACGAAUUACUGGGUUCUAUCAUGUGUCUCAGAUUGGGAUAGUUCAGUGUCAGAAAUCAUUGGUAAAUGCUCUAAUCGAACGUUGGCACCCAGACACACAUACGUUCCACCUUCCCAUUGGUGAAUGUUCCGUGACUCUUGAAGAUGUGUCUCUACUACUUGGUCUUUCCACAGAUGGUCUUCCAAUCACAGGGAUGACAAUGAGUAGUUUUGAAGCCAUGGAGGCGGAGUGUCUGCUUCAAUUUGGGGUUGCACCUCGUAGAGAGGACUGUAGAUCAAGCUGCAUAAAACUGACAUGGCUCCGAAAUGUAAAAGAGAAUUUAGAAUUGAAUGAUGAAAUCAGUAUGCAGAGGUAUGUGAGGUGUCACAUUAUGUUGCUGAUUGGGACCAUACUGUUUGGGGAUAAGUCGGGGGCAGGUGUGCACUGGAAAUUUCUACCCUUGCUUCGUGAUUUCUUCAAUAUUGGACAGUAUAGUUGGGGUUCGGCAUGCCUAGCACACCUUUACAGGGCGUUAUGCAGGGCAUCUCGUUAUAACUGUAAGGAAAUAGAUGGUCCGCUAACACUUCUGCUUGCUUGGGCUUGGAUCCGAUUGCCGUUUCUAUCCCCGCUUCCUAGAGAACCCCGCAGUUUCCCACUAGCAAACAGGUGGCGUAACUGGGAACGUGGUGACCGACGAUAUAGAUAUCUGAAGCUAGGCCACUUUAGGAAGGCCUUUGAUGAACUUCAGGAAGGCCAGUUUGUCUGGGUUGCCUAUGCUGUGGAUCGUGUGGAUCCAAACAUAAUUCCUGCUGAAAUAUACAUGCAGUCAGUUGUCUGGAGCGCUACGGUUCCAUUGGUUUCGUUUGAAUGUAUCGAGUGGCAUGCCACUGAUAGGGUCAGGCGACAGUUCGGUUUGGUUCAGGGCGUGCCUUCUCAGGAACAGAAUUUGGAUAAUGCUCAUGGAGAGAUUCUGACUGGACCCAAAAACCUUAAUUGGGCCACCACACCGACUCAUUCAAAAUGGGUUAUGCAUUGGACAAACAGGUAUCACUACGUUCUUUCUGAGGUUCCUAUGCCUUCACAACAUCCGUUGGAUACCUACCUGAACUGGUACCGAUCAAAAUAUGGGGACCGCUUAGCCUUGUCGAUUCUUGCGGGUGAAGAGAAUGAUGAAGGUAACCAGGAUGUGGAUGUAGGCAAUGAAGAAAUGUAUGAGGGUAACGAAGAUACCAAUGAGGGUGGUCAGGAUAUGGAUGAGGACAAUGAAGAGCAGGAGCAACUUAUAUCACCUCCAAUUCAGCCUCCACAAGAACAACCUCAGUCCUCAACUCGGUAUAUUGGGGUAUGUCACAGUAUGAAGUAGGUGAUGGAACUUCUUUUAGCCAGCUGCUUGGGUUCAUGUCUGCAGAUGCUUCACAUGCACAAUAUGGCCAUCAGCCGGAGUUCAUGCCUGGCAGGUAUUCGUUGGAUACAAGGUAUCCUGGCAAUACAUCAUCGGUUGCAUCUGGAGGAUUUGUAUCUGUGGACUCUAGUAGGAGUGAGGGUGGACGAGGAGUUUUGAAUACUCAAAAUCCUAACCCAUGUAACAUGGGACUCAUUGAAGAAGAUACUAACGUACUCGAAGAAGAAACCGAUGCAUAUAUAGUAGAUAACCCGGAUGAAGAGGGCGAUGACGAGGAGGAUGAAAUUGAAGAGUUCGAUGAGGAUGAAGAAUCUCGUAAUGAUGGUCAGGAACGUAGUCCAGAUGACAACGUCAAAGGUUACAAUCUGAGGAUUGAUCCCCCACGUCGGAGUGCUAAUCGUUUCACCCCUUCGGUCUUCAAAAAAGCGGCCAAGAAAUGCAAGAACUUAGUGAAAGAUGUGAAGUGGAAAAUGAGAAAAUAGUAUGUCACCUAUUGUUUAGAGUUAUUUGUAGUUGUUCAACAUUAUGUCGUGAGGACUUUAUGUAAAUUUUACAGUUACUUGUAUUGGUUUGACAAUAUGUACUGAGGACUUUAUGUAAUGUUUGGAGUUACUUG